AUGUCAAAACAUCAUCCCGAUUUGGUACUUUGUCGUCGACAGACUGGUAUCUCUAUAGGAAGACUGUGUGAACGCUGUGACGGCAAGUGUCCGAUUUGUGAUUCCUACGUCCGUCCCAAAACGCUUGUUCGGAUUUGUGACGAGUGUGCGUUUGGAAGCUCGCAAGACCGUUGUAUCAUUUGUGGUGCUCCGGGUGUUUCGGAUUGCUACUAUUGUGACGAGUGUACACGGCUCGAAUAUGACCGUGACGGAUGUCCCCGAGUCGUGAAUCUUGGUACAAGUAGGACGGAUUGGUUUUAUGAAAAGAAACGAUAUAAAAAUGCAGGAAAGGAUAUGCCAGGGCCAAUGUACUAG